AUGUUGAAAUGGUGGUAUUAUUCUUCCUAUAUCAUCUUUUUAUAUUUAAUUACAGACUAUCUUCAUGCUCAACAUCAAUCCAUUUAUAUUCCAAAUUAUCUUCAAGCAUUUGAUUAUCCAAGUGUUGAUGAUAUAUCAUCAUCAUCAUCUCAACAACAUGAACAAUCUGAUGAACGAUAUGAUGAUGGUAUUGGUUCAUUUCAAUUUGAUUUUUUUCAAUCAAGUACAACUCCAUCAGUUCAAUUUUUAUCAGAAACAUCAACAAUACUUCCUAUAAAUAAUGAGAAUGAAAAUUCAACAAUAAAUUUAACAUCUACAACAUUAACUUCUACUGAUUCAACGUUAACAACAGAAUUUAUUACUACAACAUUAUUAACAACUGAACCAACAACAUUGCUACAAAACAGUACUUAUACAUUCAUAUCCAAUGAUACUACUUUAAUUAAUAAUGAAACUUCAUUUACAAGUGAAAAUAUUGUAUCGUCAACUUUCAAUAAUAUAUUUGUAACAACAUCGAAUUAUUCAAUAGAAAAUCGAUCAAUUUUAAUAGAUACAGAAAAUAAUGAAACAACAAUUGAGAAUUUUUUUAAUGAAACUUCUACGAUAGGAUCAUUUUUCAUGAAUAAUAGUGAUUUAAUUAUGAAUCUAUUGAAUCGAACUCGUUUUCAUAGUAAAAAUUUAGCUAAUAAUCAACAAUUUGAUAUUUAUAAUACAACAGCUGAAGAAGCUGCACGACAUUUAACCGAUAGAAAAACUAUGCAAUCACUUAUACAUUUACUUCCACCUAAUUUAUGGUCACAAUUACAAAAGAAUUUUUCAAUUAUUAAUUAUAAUCAAAGUCAAUAUACACAACCAUCAUUACCUGAUCCUGUUAUACUUGCUGAAGCAGCUGCACAAGCUGGUUUACCUGGUCCAGGACCAUAUCCAAUACCAGAAUAUCUUUGGCAUCAAAAUUCGAAUUAUUUUCGAAAUCCUUCGCAAAUCAAUAAUAAUAAUCCAAUAACAAAAAAAACAACUACAACUUCUUCGACAACAAGAUCAACACCUGCACCAAUACGAAAAUCUCCAUCGAAUAUGUUUUUUAAAUUACCAAUUACUCAAGCAUCAUAUCAAACAAAAAUGACAACGACAACUACAACUAGUACUACUACUUUUCCAUCAUUUUAUAAACCAAAUGACAAUCGACUGAGACCAUUUAUACCUAUGAAACAAACGAUUUCAUCAUCAUCAUCACCAUCAUCAAAUCCAAAUAUUCAAUCAUUAUUAGCUCAAAUUGGUUUUACUUGUCCAUCAGGUGUGACUGGUAUACGUUUUCCAGAUCAACGUUUAUGUAAUAUGUAUUUUACAUGCACACAAUCAGGUUUACCAGAACCAUCACUUUGUCCAGAAGGUUAUCUUUUUUCAGAAAUAUCUCGUGACUGUGAACUUGCUUCACGCGUUAAUUGUGGAUCACGUGUAUCAGCUUUUUUCAAUGAGGAUAAUAAUAUGAAUAGUGAUAAUAAAAUAUCACCAACAACGACAACAACAACGACGACAAGAAAGAGAAUAAUAACAACAACAACAACAACUACUACUACAACAACAACCACUACUACCACGACUACAACUACUACUGAAAGAACAACUGCAACAACGUCAUUAUCUCGAUCACAACCGAAUAUAGGCAAUGGAACUGUUGAAUGUAUUCUUGGUGCUGAUGGUUAUUAUGAAGAUCCAUUAUAUUGUAAUGUAUAUCAUCAUUGUUUAGCUGGUAUUGAUUAUAUAGAACAUUGUCCAAAUCAAUUAGCUUGGAAUGAAAAAAAGAAAAUGUGUGAUUGGACAACAAAUGUCAAUUGUACAAGUAAAACAAUGCCUGUUGUUCAAGGUAAAACAUCGUUUUGUACAAAUCGACAAGAUGGACGUUAUUCAUCGGAAACUUAUUGUAAUGCAUUUCAUCAUUGUAUUGGUGGUACGGAUCAUAUUGUAAGAUGUACAGGUGAAUUACAAUGGGAUGAUAAAAAGAAAGAAUGUGGAUGGGAAUCAUCUGUUCAUUGUGGUCCACCAAAAAAAAUGUUACCUAAUGAAAAUAAAUUUAAUUCAACAUUUUGUACAGGAAAAACUGAUGGAUCAUAUCCACAUGAAGAAUACUGCAAUGUAUAUCAUGUAUGUGAAUCAGGUGGUGAUAAUAUGCGUCAAUGUCCACAUCAAUUAUUUUGGGAUAAUGAACAACAAAAAUGUGAAUGGUCAAAUAAUGUUCGUUGUACAGGACGUACACUUGUUGCUCUUUCAAUGGAAUCAAGUUUAUUCUGUAUGGAAAAAAAUGAUGGAUUUUAUAUUGAUCCAAUUUAUUGUAAUGUUUAUCAUCAAUGUAUGGCUGAUAUUGAUGUUAAAUUACGUUGUCCUGAACGAUUAGUAUUUAAUUCAACGUUAAAACGUUGUGAUUGGCCUGAAUCAACAAUUUGUAAAGGGGGAAAUAUAUUACUUCAAGGUGAAGAUACAAAUGGAUUUUGUACAGAUAAACCAAAUGGAAAUUUUGCUCAUGAACAAUAUUGUAAUCGUUAUUAUAUAUGUCAAAAUGGAAAAGAUGUUGUAUUUACAUGUCAAAAUAAUUUACGAUAUUCAAUAGAAAAAAAUGAAUGUGACUGGGCUGUUAAUGUUGAUUGCAAAGGUAAACCAGAUUAUAUGUGGGAAGGUAUCAAAGAAAAUUUUUGUAAACGUUUACCAGAUGGAAAUUAUCCUGAUAUUCGAUUUUGUAAUAUAUUUCAUCAAUGUCAAGCAGCUAUGGAUUAUCCAAAACGAUGUCCAAAUAGACUUAUGUUUAAUGAAGGAACAAAAGAAUGUGAUUGGGAAGAUAAAGUUGAUUGUAAAGGUCGAGAAAAAUUAAUUGAUACUGAAGGUCUUGAUGAUGAAGUACGUCCAGGUUCAAAUAAUACUCGAGGACGUUCAACAAAAUUCUGUAUGGUAAAACAAAAUGGUGAUUAUGCUGAUUCAUAUUACUGUAAUGUUUAUCAUAAUUGUCAUGGUGGCUUUGAUACAAUUCAAUAUUGUACAAGAGGUUUAGUUUGGCGUCAAGAAACUGAAACAACUGGUCAAUGUGAUUGGUCUAAAGAACGAUCACCUGAUGGAGCGGAUUGUAAUGGAAAAGCUUUAUUUUUUGUUGAAAAAUUAUCUGAAAAUGAUAUAUUAUCAAGUUUACGUUCAGAAUUUUGUAUAAGUAAAGGUGCUGGUUUAUUUGAACAUCAACGUUAUUGUGAUCUUUAUUUACAAUGUAACGAACAAGGUGUUGGUGUAACAAUGGAAUGUAGUCCUGGUCUUGUUUUCAAUGAAAAGAAAAAAGAAUGUGAUUAUCAAGGAGAUGUUAAUGAUGAAACAAAAGGUACAUUAUGUUUAACACCACGAAGUUUUCUCCGAUCAAAACCAAAAGCUGAUCAUGCAUCAAUAUUAUUCGAAGGUCUUGAUGCGACAGGACAAUUUCCAACACGUUUUGAUUGUAUAAAUAAAGAUCAACAAAAUAUGUUUGCUGAUUUAGAUUGGUGUAAUAUUUAUCAUGUAUGUAUUGGUAAUCGAGAUAAUAUAUUUUUAUGUCCACCUGGUACAAUAUUUAAUGAUACAAAACAAGGUUGUAUGGAUCGUUUUGAUGGAAUAAAUUGUAAUGGUACACGUUCUUAUUAUAAACCAGCAAUUAAACGUGAAAAACGUAUUAAUUCACCAUUAAUAUCAAGAAGAGUACCACCAACACCACCACCACCAAUAAAUCAUCGUUUUGCUGAUUUAAAACGUUUACCUUAUAGGAAUUCUAAUCGAAGAAUUCCAUCUGAAUGGAGAGAAUCAGAAUCGGAACUGAGAAGACGGUUUGAAGAUCAAAAUGAGAAUGAUGAUGAUGAUGAUGUUCGUUUUAAUAAACUACCAUGGAAACAACAUCGUAAUUAUUAA